AUGGUAGAUUAUGGUGAACAAAUGAAAGCUCCAAAGGUACUUGCUGAUAUUCUUGAAUCAGUUGCUGGAGCUGUUUAUGAAGAUUGUGGGUUCAAUUUGCAAAAUCUGUGGGUGGUGAUUAGAGAGCUACUUGAACCGAUGAUUAUGCUAAAUGUUUUAGAGAAACAGUCGCAACCUAUUACCAUGGUAUAUGAGGCAUGCGAAAAAGAGGGGAAAAUUGUUGACACCAAGAAGGGGAGGAAAGGGAAAAAAGAGAAUGUCAAACUUCAUGCAGCUGAGGUUGCUUUAUCUAACUUAACAAGGCUAAAAAGCACUGAUGCAAUAAGUCUACACAUGGAUGUUGAUUGUGGUGAAGCCACUGAGAUUAAAGGUGCUAAACUAAAAAUACAUGAACUUUGUAACAGGAGAAAGUGGCCAAAAGGGACUUACAGAAUUGAGCAAGAAUUGGGUCCUGCACACGAUAGAAGAUACAUAGCAUCCGUGCAAAUUGAACUUUCUGAUAAGAUAUUUUUCAUGAAGGCAGAAGAGAGGUCAAAAGUUAAGGAUGCCGAAAAUUCUGCCGCCUCAAUUAUGUUUUCUUCUUUGCGAGAUUUAGGAUAUUAA